UCCAGUCAGUGCCCCGCGUCGUGUCCGUUGAUUGUAGAUUUACCUGUGAAAUGUUUGGUUUUAUUUUCGGUCUCUUCCGCGAAAUUCUGUCGGAUGACAACAGGAAAGAAGGGGGGAAAAGCUGUCGUUAUGUACAGGUGCAAUUACGCGAGAAGACAGUGUGUUAACUCGCCAGGUGCCGGGCCAGGCUGGCUGGAGGUUAGUCGUCUCGCCUCGGCUUGUUUACAGCUGUGCACCGGCCGAGUGUGAUUCUCAAUUAGCACUUUAACACCUCUUUGGUUCCGGCGGGCUGCGCGCGGCGCGGGGCCGCGGCCCGGGCCGCUGGCAGAUAAAAUCGGAUAAAUAAAAUGACCACAGCGGACCUACGAUCACAGUCCGGUCCGGUUGGAGUGUUUGGACAGCUUGGCGUUACACCCACCUUGGUUACACCUGCACACCGGCUUCAACUCACAGGAUCAUGAACACCGAGCAGGAGGAGAGCAUCUCUUCCACUCCCUGCUGCGAGAGAACUCUCUCCUGUGGCACUGCCUCUCUCGCACUGCUCUUGGGUUCACAGGAGCACAGCAGUCAGUCCCCCGGACCAACCACAACUACAACAGCAACAACAGCGGUGUCGCGCACCACCGUACCGCAGCAGCAGCUGACCGCGUGUGUGUGUGUGUCGCAGUGCAUAAUUAAUCCACGUAUCGUUGUGGUGUUGGUGUUCGCGCGUGUCAGUGUGUGUGUGUGUGUGUGUGUGUGGCCCGGCCCAGGGCGCUGUGCCAAGCCAAGUAAUGACCUCCUAAUUGGUCGGGAGCGGCGUCGAACCGAAAAGUGAAGUGCUUCUCGCGUGUGUGAUGGAAUAACCCUGCCCCUGCCCGACAUCGACGACCCUCUCAGCGUGUCGUCGUCUCCGUCGUCGUCGCGGGACCUCCUCAUCGUCGCCAUGGUGGUGGCCAGGAUGCCGUCGAUGACCCCGCCCUCUUCUUGGAUCGCGGCGUUGGCCCUGGUCGCCGUCCUCAGCUUUGCCGAAGCAGGUGGCGGGUACGACGACGGCCGGCCGCCGCGCAUCACGGAGCACCCCGUGUCGGCCGUGGUGCCCCGGCACGACCCGGUCACGCUGAGCUGCAAGGCGGACGGCCGCCCGGCGCCCAACGUGUCGUGGACCAAGGACGGCGAGCGGCUGGCGGGGCCCGGCCUGCACCGCGUCCUCCUGCCCGGCGGCAACCUCUUCUUCCUCCGCGCCGAGCCCGCCGACGCCGGCGUCUACCGCUGCGUCGCCUCCAACGGCGCGGGCCAGGCCGUCUCCAAGGACGCCACCCUCGAGGUCGCAUUUCUGCGCCACGACUUCCGGCUGCUGCCCACCUCCCAGCUCGUGUCUGCCGGGGAGACGACGCUGCUGCAGUGCGGCCCUCCCCGCGGCCGCCCGGAGCCCACCGUCUUCUGGAAGAAGGACGGCCGCCGCGUCGACCCGACCGCCGACAAGAGGGUGCGGCUAGUGGACGGCGCGAACCUAGCCAUCCAGGGCGCGCGCGCGGCCGACUCGGGCCGCUACCAGUGCGUGGCGCAGAACGCGGGCGGGGUGCGCGAGGCGCCCGACGUGCUGGUGCAGGUGGCGGUGCCGCCCUCGCUGCAGAAGGGCCCGCAGGACACGACGGCGCUGGUCGGCACCGACGUCGAGUUCCCCUGCUCGGUUACCGGCGACCCGUCCCCGGACGUGCUCUGGCGCCGCAGCAGCGAGCCGCCCCCCGGAGCCGCCCCCGGAGCCGGUGCCGCCGCCGCUGCCCCCAGCGGGGCGCCGCCCGCGGGCCUCGCCAUGCCCCUCAACCGCGUCCACGUGACGGAGGCGCGCGCGCUCAGGAUCUCCAACGUGCAGCUGUCGGACGCCGGCCAGUACAUCUGCGAGGCGGACAACAAGGCGGGCGCCCUCAACGCGGCCGCCACCCUGACCGUCAUAUCCAUGCCCGUGCUCAGCACGUCGCCGCCCGGGCUCGUGACCGUGGAGGAGGGCGGGGACGCCGUGGUGGAGUGCGGCGCCCAGGGCUCGCCUGCCCCCUCGCUCUUCUGGGCCCUGAAGGGCAACCGGUCGCUGCUCGCCCCGGGGACCACGGCCGGCCGCUUCAGCGUGGAGCGCUCACCCCAGGGGACCGCUGUCCUCACCGUCCGGAAUCUGACACGAGCUGACACAGGUGCAGUUCUCAUAUGCUCUGCGGUGAACUCGGCGGGCGCACUGGUGGCGAAAACGAGACUCCUCGUACUUGGUAACGACGAAGUUCCCCCACCAGUCAUUGAGAAUGGCCCGAGCAACCAGACGCUGCCCCUGCGGUCGUCGGUCGUCCUGCCAUGCACAACUUCUGGGAAGCAACAGGCAACUAUCACCUGGUUCAAAGAUGACAAACCCCUGGUUGGAAAGGGUCCAAGAAUUAAGAUCGAGGCCGAUGGUUCAUUGUCUAUUCAAGCUACAGAAUUGUCGGAUAGUGGAGAGUAUAAAUGUGUCGCCUCUUCCAAACGAGGGCAUUCUUCACUUUCUGCGUGGCUGACUCUCUCAAGUUCCAUGCCUGACAAAAACGAGAAAAAAGGAUUUCCACCAGGACCCCCGAGCCGUCCUCAUGUUGUCAGUAGCACAAACACUAGCAUAACACUGGCUUGGAGACGGAACAACAAAGCAGGAUCCUCUGCUCUUAUUGGAUACCAGGUGGAAAUGUUUGGACCUGAGAAAGACGGAUGGGAAGUUGUGGCACAGAGAGUUCCAUCUUCAACAUACACUCAGAAGGAUUUGAUACCAGGUGUAGCCUACUCGUUUGUUAUAAGAGCUGAAAACUCGAAUGGGUUCUCCCAGCCAUCAGAACUGACAAUUCCAAUAGUUCUACCCCUGAAUGAGGCUGAGGCCAAUUUUGAAUCAGAUCUUGAAGAGGAUGCCUCUGUGGAAGAUGGCCCUGUCGUACGACUGAGUCAAGUCAUUCCAGUUUCUGCUUCAUCAGUAAAAUUGCUGUGGGAGGUUCUUGAUCCUGAUCAGAUGUCUGGAUUGAGCAUCUAUUGGCGUUCAGUAAAUGAAGACACGCUUCACACGUUAUCUGUUUUGCAAUCUGGUCCGCCUUCACUUGGAUUUAUAGUGACAGGCCUCAACUGCUACACAAAGUACCAAUUUUUCUUGGUGCCAUUUAACAACGCUGGUGAAGGAAGGCCAUCAAACAUUCAAGGAGCUCGCACUUUGGCCGAUGCUCCAACGGCACCACCAGCACACCUAGAGGCUCACUUCCUGAACGUUAGCACAGUUUCAAUCACUUGGAGUCCUCCUCCAGCUGUUUCUCAUAAUGGUCUCAUUGAAAGCUAUGAGGUUGUGGUGAAAGGUGGCGAUCCCCCAGAACUUCUCAGCAAUGUUACAUUGAAUGCUGAUCCAACAGGAUCUCAGCAACUCCUUUUGUCAAAUCUCUCUCAACAAGUGACAUAUCAUGUCAUAGUCGCUGCUGCUACUUCUGCUGGUCGUGGACCUUUUAGCACUCCGAUUAUAUUUCAAUCUCCAGCAGGUGGUAGCAGACAAAUCACUAAUAGUGAAACAACUGAUACCCCUUCUUCUAAUAAUCAUCCCACAAUUCAUCGAGAACCCGGAGUAUCUACUGGUGGCAAUAACAAUGACUUGGUGACAGAGACCUGGUUUAUGGCUUUGCUUGGAAGCAUGGUUGCUGUGAUGGUUUUAUUGUUUUCUGCAAUUUUGUUCCUUCACCGAAGGCAACACAGAGCUAAGAAGGGAGGAUAUCCACACCUUCAUAUGUAUGAUUCGCGAUCCAAUGGUGGUGUUUUGAGUCUUAAAGGAGCUGAAGCAGAAGUGGAGGUUGAAGGUGCUCCCCUUUGCAUUGCUCCAAGACCUGGGGCACGUAUGGUUUGGGGUACAAACACUACUUUAAGUGGUGGUGGCUCCAUAAGUGGACCUGAGUAUGCGGAGGCAAGACCUUUACGGAGUGAUUGUCAAGGUUCAGUUGGAAAUUCAGAGUAUGCAGAGGUGAAAAGCAAAUACUCUCUUUUAAGCACGUUCCAUGGACAUGGCAGUCACCCUUACCCUCACUCGCACCACAGUCGUCCUCACAGUGGCUGCCGAGGGAUAGAGUACAGUGAGGGAGGGGGAUGCUGUGGAUGUGACUAUGAGUCAACUAGUCAGUGCUGUAGUGGCAGUGGCAGUGGUAGUGGAGCUUCUGAUGGAUCUGGAAGUACAGUGGCUUAUGCAACCACUACUCUCGUAGAAAGUGUCAAAGCAGCCCCUUCCCGUGUUGCUCCUCCAUCAAAUCUGCCUUUUCCUUCUCUAAGCUGGAGUCGCAGCUGUGGACCAACAGUUUGUACUCCACAAACUAAAAGACCUAGAGAUGGACAUUAUUCUGACACUUACCAGCAGAAUGAUAUCUCUAGAAGCUUAGGACAGAAGCGGACAGCAACAACUCUCAAUUUAAAAGGACAGCAGUGGCUUAAGGGCCGCAAUAAUGGAUCCAGCAAGAACUUGCCACCUCACCCUCCACCAUCACAACUUCAAUCUGGAUUGGCAUUCUUAAGAACUCCUCAAUAUAAUGAUUAUGCCUUUUGUCACACAUCAUCACCGCUCAGAGAUUAGAAAUUAGAAUUGCCAAAACAAUAUUAUGUUAUUGCUUUGAUAUUAUUUUUCAUUGCCUAUUGCUCAAGGUUUGGGUCAAGGGUCUCAUUUCUGUAUGAUGCCUUUGGUACAGAUUUUGAAGGUAGGUUGACUGUAUGACUGUAUUUUGCAGGAAUGGUCAGUAGACCAAACAAGUUUAUCUUUUUGAAGUUCGGUAUGAUAGAUGUCAUAUUUGUGUGUGUAGUAUCAGUUUAGGAAACAGUUAUCCUAAUCCUGGAUUUCCCUAGUCAAAUUGAAAGAUGAAGUAGAUUGAGUAAUGUAGGUACUAAAAAUGUAAUUUGAAUCAGCAGACAUACUUUAUAGUAAUACUUCAAUACAAGAUAAUCCAUGAAAAUUUAUGCUAAAAGUAAAACUAUCAGGAUUUCUAUCAUAGCUAGUUAAACAUGCAACCAGAUGUCUUAUUUCCUAAGACAAAAUCAUCAGCUCUAGUCAAAAGUAACGUGCAUAAAAUGAAUUAUAUUGUGUGUAUAUUUUUUAUUGUGUACAGAGUUCUGGAUAACUUCCCUGUGUAAUAAAUUGCCAUAAAAGUAUCCAGUCUUAAAUACGCUCCUAGUCUUAUUGUUGAAUUGUGUAAAUUGUAUAUAUUACCUGAUUAAACUGUUAAUACUGAAUUGUACAAAGUAAGAAGAAAUAUGGGUCUGUAAAAAUGUAAACCUUUGUAAAACAUUGUUUUUAAUACUGGUUUGUACAAAUAUAACAGUUAAUUGUUUCCUUAAAAA